AUGAACGACAGCCACUCGGAAGCAGCUAUUGAAUCCGAGCUCCGGGUCUUUCAUCCUGCAGUGGACAACAAUUGGACCAUGCCGGCUUUCCUGGCUAUCGGAAAUGACUAUGGCACCUUUCAUAUUAUUGCCAACAAUACACGCAAAUAUCUUCUCGUGGGAUCUGAGAAUGGCAAAACUGUGCAUUCCAUCACUGUUCAAGGUACUGUGAUGCCCCAUAACAGCGUUCUUCGCGAGAUGCCCGUUCACUUACAGGGCAAAAUCCUAGAUCCCACUAAAUAUCAGGAGCUCGUUGUGGCCUCUGAGAAGAUGAGGGCUGUUGCAUUUUGA